UAUGUGAACAAAAGUUGGUCUCUUUUGUGUGCGUAAACCGUUUCUAACGAGCUGAGUAGUUGGGUGUUUUUUUUCUCUCUCUCUGUGGAGUUGCUUUGGAGUGUUUCAUGCAGAACGUCACUGCUGAUAUCCAAAAAACACUCCAGACCACACUGUUACUUAUACAAGUCACCCCAUUACCUUGCCAACAAACCCAUCUAGACUGCGUGUACAUUAAGGCAAUUCCGCCAAACGCCGGACUUCAGGAAAUUGGCUGUGAACAACAGGAAACAGAAGAAUGGACCGCCAUGGCAAGCCAGUGGUAAUUAACUGCACUUAGGACAUCAGCACAGGACCACUAACUGCAGCGACAGGAAGAUCACAUCCCCGUGAAGAAUGUAUGUGAAAUAAGCGUAUUUUCUUUGUGAGUUUGACGCUAGUUAGGGGUGGAAGUUUUACAUGAUAGUCACGAUUUACCACGUCAUGUCUCUCGUGUUAAAGCGGUAGGCGUCCUUAUCGUCUUUGAUUGAUUAACAGCGCAAACACAGUUAUCUGUCCGUGGUAAGGUACUGAACUGUAGGACAUUGGGGCUUGAUCCGUUGUGCUGCCUUCUUUGUUGUCUUGUGUGAUAUAAAGAAGGAUUUUAAUAACAAAGUUGCAUUCACGGGUGACGACUGUACUGGCCUUGGACACAUGUAUCGAUCGGAGGCAGCCUCGCCCGAAAGGUGGCAGGCCGCGGCGUCCGAUCAACACAAAUACAGGCCAGAACUGAACAACCACAAUUCCGACGGCUGGACUUCAGCGGAGAACGGGCAGCAAGCCGCCACCGAUAGCAACGCCAUCAACACCCCCUUCCAACCGGCCGCCAUGUCGCGCAGGACCUCGAGGGGCUUCAAGCGUGGGGAGUCCCUCAUCGAGGACGACAGAAGGAGAGACUGGGACCGAUUCCCGCAGCAAGAGCCCCGUCAUCUUCAGCAGCAGAAGCCGGGCAUUACCGACGAGGAGCGGCUGGCCAAGACCAGCGUGGCCCAGUCCCUCGUUCUCUCCCUCCUGGAGAAUACGGGCGCCCACGGCAUCCCCAAUAUCAAACGGGCCCCCAACAACGUCCGCAAGGUCUUCUGGACAAUACUGUUUUUCUUCGGACUGGGGAUGUUCAUCUGGCAGACGUCCUGGCUCCUGGAGAGGUAUUACGCCUUCGGUGUGGACGUCAAGAUGGAAAUCUCCAGCGACAGGAUGGUGGAAUUCCCCGCCGUCACUAUCUGCAACUUGAACCCUAUCAAGAGUGACUUUUGGGAAGAGCUCGACGAGCGAGGAAUACCCAUUCCGCCAAGCCUAACUCGCCCGAACACAGGCUACGGUCCUGACGACUCCGAGGAGGAAUUCGACGACGCAUUCGAGAUGCUCGGAGAUGCCAUUGAGCUCGUGACCGCCUUCAAGUACAAAGACAGGCGGACGGCCGGCCACCUCCUGAGGGACAUGCUGGUGAGGUGCGUCUUCCAGGGAAGACCAUGCCACGCCAGGGAUUUCACUUACUUUUUCCACUAUCUCUACGGUAACUGCUACAUUUUCAAUGCCGGACCAGAGCCCAACGCCACAACGCCGAGGUUAUUUGUGACAAAAGCUGGCCCACUUUAUGGCUUAACUUUGGAGCUGUAUAUUGAGCAAGACCAGUACAUUGAAGACAUCCAACCAGCGGCCGGGGCAAGGGUCGUUGUGCAUGCGCGUCACAAUAUGCCCUUCCCUGACGACGAGGGAGUGAGCGUGUCGCCCGGUCAGGAGACAUUCAUUGGUUUCAAAAGGACUAACUUCACGCGUCUGCCCCAUCCAUACUCCAACUGCACUGUGGUAGAGAACGCCAAUGCUACAAUAUUCAAUCUUCCGCUGCCUCACGUGAGAUACUCUCAGCGGGCGUGUGAAAACAACUGUUACUAUCAGAACCUGACCAGGGUGUGCGGCUGCGCCGAUGUGAGGUUCCGAUAUGACGAUAACGUACCUCUGUGCCUCAACAGCACCCAAGAGCAGUGCCUAGAAGGUGUUGAGCGCAUGUACCUCGCGGGAAUGCUGGACUGCAUGUGCUCGCCUCCAUGCAGAGAGCUGCAAUAUGACAUCGUGACGGGACAAGCUCGCUGGCCCAACGAAAAAUUUAAGCUUUUCCUCGAUGAUAAUAUUGGGAACUUUUCUGAUGACCUGUAUCAAGACAUAGACAGCGGUGGAGAUCCAGAUUUCUUGGAGAAGAACCUUCUCAAGGUGAACGUCUAUUACGACAAGUUGGAGUACACGACCAUCUAUCAAGACGUAGCUUAUGAUCAUAUAGCCCUGCUGAGCGAUAUGGGCGGCAACGUUGGAUUGUGGAUAGGAGUGUCUGUUCUUACAGUCUUUGAAUUCAUCGAGUUGCUCUACGAUCUGGGCAAGCUCAUAUUCUACAGGGUUAUCAACAAAAAUGCCACGAGGAAAACAGGCAAGGUGACGUCAUCAGAUGUGGACUUGCAACACGUGUCCAACCUCAAAAUCGCCAGCGAGGCUUGAACUGCGGGCUGAUACGCCCAUCGUGCGUGACUUGUAUAGUGUCUCAUUUUCAGCAAUUAGGAUAUAGUCUUUUGGGGAUAUAUUUUCUAUGUUUCCUUUUUUUCUGUGGAAAUGAGCUCUUUACGGCAACUGCAAACCUCUUAGCUGCCUGAGGAAAGCAGCCGCUGCGGACAGUAUGCAGUUAGAUUCACUGCGUAAGUACGUGGCACUCCUACCAAGUACGGAAAAAAAAACAUGACUGAAGCCGUCUCCAAGCUACUUUUAGAGGUUACGCUGAUGCGUUUUAAAACCGUAACUGUCGGCAAAGUUAUGCCUCCUGACGUUAUGUCUUUCGAGCAAGAAGAGCACACAUUUUUCAAGGAUCUGAAAUGGGGUAUCUCUUGUGAAGUUAAAUUCAAUGUAUGCCAUGGGGACAACCGAUCGUCUCGGUUUGAGCAUUUGCGAUUCCGUGUGUUAUUAACGAAACCGCGUUAGGGAAAGGUUGUGCAUGUACCUAUUACGUUCGUCUCGUUAUAGUCGCCUAUGAAGUUUUAGUCAUCCGGUGAAAACAUAGAAUCGGUGGCAAACGGAUCGUAUUUGAGGCCUGAAACUCCGAGGAAAAGGCUGAAUUUGAUUUUAGAUAUUUCUGAAUUUGUCAAUGUGAUUUGCUGUGCUAAAAAAUCUGCUAGCGUGCAGUAAAGUUUAAUUUUGUUUCUGCCUUUUGAGGGAGACUUUAUUUUUACGGGUACGUAGGAUCUUUCUAUUGGGCAUUCGUUUGUUGCUGAGGUGAAGCAAACUGUAUCAUCGCAUGGGUGUGAGUUUGAUCAGAAAGUUGCCUUGGAUUGAGAUUUUAGCCUCUAUGCAUCAUAGACUAACUGUGGACAGACAGUGCAACUAAACGGCUUUUCUGCGUGGUUGCUACAAUUUGUCUUUAGCAUGAUCACGCUCGAAAUGCCUUAUCUCUACAGCUUUAUAUAUAGUUAAUAAUGUUCAUUACCACCAUUAUUAGUUUAUUUGAUUAUUCAUAAUGUACGGAUGUUACAUACCGCAACAGAUUUUGCGACACCGGGAUAAUGGGAAACUUUGAGGCGCUUGGUAGCGGUAAACGUACAGUCCUUUUUACCAGUUCUGAGCAUGCGUGCGUUGUUCCGAGUAGGCGCGCACAGUUCUGAGCACGCGCAAUACUGGUGAAGAACAUAGAAAUUCAAAGGUUGCACUACACCAAAUACGCGCCCAUAGAAAAGAGUGCAAAAUUGCGCCGAAAAUGCGCCGCCUGUUGACACUCGUAAGGAGGUUGGCCUCCGGGUUUUUUUUUACUGGAAAUUCAAGAUUAUGGCCAAAAUAUCACUUUUCGUUUUAAUUUCAUGGGGUAAGCUGCGAAAAUCCUUUUUAUUUGCCUUUCAAGGAAGAUACCCCCAAAACAGCAGUAAAACUAGGCGCUCAUUUCUGAAUGUAACCGCCC